AUGUCAGGCCUGAUGAAACAUCAGCUGAUAGAUCCAGUAGAGAACCUGGAAGACAGGAUGUGUAUGAAGCAUGAUCAACUGCUGGAGUUGUUCUGUAAGGAUGAUCUGACAUGUGUCUGUACACUGUGCAGUGUGUCAGACCACAAGACACAUGAAGUUGUUCCUCUGAAAGACACAUAUGAACAAAAGAAGGCUGAGCUGGGGAAGACAGACGCUGGAAUUCAGCAGAUGAUCCAAACAAGACAAGAGAAGAUUCAAGAGAUUAAACAAUCAGUCAAGCUCAGCAAGGCAUAUACAGACAAAGAGAUAAGAGAAGAUGUUGAGGCCUUCACCAAACUGAAAGAGUCAGUUGAGAAAUAUCAGGCCAACAUCAUCACAAUGAUUGAAGAGAAGCAGAAAAGGAGAGAGAAACAGAGUGAAGACUUAAUCAAAGAGCUGGAGAAGGAAAUAUCUGUGCUGAAGAAGAGAAGUUCUGAGUUGGAGCAGCUCUCACACUCUGAAGACCAAUUUCAAAUCCUCCAAAGCUUCAAGUCUCUGAAUGCUGUUCCACGCACCAAAGACUGCACAGAAGUCAUAGUUCCUCUUCAGUCAUAUGAUGGGGCUGUGAAGACAGCUUUGGAUGAAAUGGUGGAGAUACUGAAGAACAUGUUCACAAUGGAUGAACUGAUGUGGGCCAAGAAGUAUGCAGUGGAUGUGACGAUGGAUCCUGAUACAGCAAAUCCCAAACUCAUCCUGUCUGAUGAUGGGAAACAAGUCCAUCAUGUUGAUGCAAUUAAGAAUCUCCCAGACAACCCAGAAAGAUUUACUGUUGGUCUCUGUGUGUUCGGAAAGCAAAGUGUUUCAUCUGGAAGAUUUUACUUUGAGGUUCAGGUUAAAGAGAAGCCCGAGUGGUUUUUCGGAGUUGCCAGAGAGUCGAUCGACAGGAAGGGAAGAAUCAAAAUUAGCUGUGAGGAAGGUUACUGGACUUUAUGUUUGAGGAAUGAAAACUAUUUUACUGUUGCUGACACUGCAUUUCUACUCUCUCCUAAGUCAAAGCCUGAGAAGGUGGGGGUGUUUGUUGAUUAUGAUGGCGGUGUGGUCUCCUUUUAUGACGUCGAUGCUGAAGCUCUUAUCCACUCCUUUUCCAACUGCUCCUUUAGUGACAGACUCCUCCCAUUCUUCAGUCCUGGUGUUAAUAAUGGUGGUAAAAACUCAAUGCCUCUGAUCAUCUCCCCCGUCCAUCCCACUGAGUAA